AUUCUCACCAGAUCCCGCGAAACAAAAACGGCGGGCCGCGAGCGCGAGUGCCGGCGAUUUUUCCUCGCAAGCUCAGUCCUGUCGGGUCCCGGCGCUUCGAGUCGCAACGUCUAUUUCCGUCGUUUCUGUCGGAAUCGUAUCCUGGAAUUUUUCGCAUCUUCAUCGAUAAUAAUGUUCCAUCCUAUUCUAAUAUGGAUAUUAGCUGGUGCCGGAUUUGUUUAGUCUAGUUUAAGAUUUUUUGGUUUACGUAUAAACAAGUGGAGAAGAGAAAAGCGGCUUCGAUAUGGGUUUUUACCGAAGAAGUUGGGGCUGGAGUAGCAGAGGCGGCGGUAAAUCAAAGGCAACAAAGAAGAAGCCGACCGUUAGUGAUUUGUUGGAGCCCACCACAUCCAGGACGAGAAUCACCAGGUCCAAUUCCGGGUUGAGCCAGCCGGGCACUUCCACGAGGGUCACCAGGACGAACUCGGCACUGCAGAGAUUGCAGCGUGUACAAGAGAUUUGUUCUGAAAGUGAGUCAGAAAAUGAUCACACAGACAUCAGCGAUGAUGAGGAUUCUUCAGAGUAUGCUAGUGAUGCUGACUAUACUGACAGCGAGGAUGCUCCUCAAGAGCAUUUGGUUAACGUUGACACCAACGAUGAUAAUCAUUCUCAAGAAUGUUCGAUCAUUGCUGCUGGUGACGAUGCUUCUUCAAAUGAGCCUGCCAGUGUAUUCUCUAAUUCAAAUGAGAAGCAGAAAACUCCUGCUGAACAUGACGACAGUGGCACUUGUUUUAAGUCUCCUUUUUCCAUACAAAGGUCAUCUUCACUUAAAAUGGAUGAGGAUUUUGAUAUUGACGCAUUUAUUAGCAAUGCCAAUAAACCUGAAGAAGUCACAACCAAUAUGAGUGAGAGUGGUAUUGGUAAAGAAAUCUCGGAUGAAGACUUCUUAGACAUGUUUCCAAAAGUUGAUUUAAACAAGAUGAAUCAAGUUGAGAAACCAAAAGCAACUCCAAAAUGCAAGCCACUAAAAGCUAAUUUAGGACCGUUGAGACGUCGUUUAGUCAAAAUUGCCGCCCAAAAUCGUUCAAUUGCUGAAUAUGCAAUGCCCACAUCUAGUAUCCCUGUGGAGAGUGACAUGGUUACUCCAAGCACAUCAAAAGGUAACAGAGGAUCAAAUAGUUUAGCGGUAAAACGACGUCUAAGCGAUGAAUUGUCCUUUGACAAUGAUGAUAUUGAGAACAAAUAUCCGAAGCAACCUAAAUUAGAAACGAUUCCGAAAAUUGAGAAAGAUUUUGAUAUUAAAUUGCGAAGUCCAUUGAAAAAUAAAGAUCUAAAUACAGAAGAUGACGAAACUGACGAAGAAAUGCUGGAGAAUCUAAAGGAUUAUGAGUUUCCAAAUUUGGCAGAAGACAUCAAUUUUGAUGUCAGUGCAAUUCCCAGUGAUGUCCAUACAACUUUUCGAGGAAAUGUGGGGGAAAAGCGUAUGGAAACGUUUCUUAGAGAGCGUUUCUUAACGAAUGAAUGCGUACAGAAGCUUCAUCAUUCUCUCACAAACAUCCCUGUAGAUGCUAUCGAGAGAAACCCUUGUGGAUUGCUGGUGCCACUGAUGCCUCAUCAAAGGCACGCGUUAAAAUGGAUGCGAUGGAGAGAGGAACGACAGCCUAAGGGCGGAAUCUUGGCUGAUGACAUGGGACUGGGAAAAACUAUCCAAAUGAUUUCUUUAAUUUUGGCGGCCAAAAAUGACCGAAAAGCAAAAGCCCGAGCUGACGGUGAUUUAGACGCCGACACAGAUGAUGAACUUGAUGAGGACUGGGGUCAUGAACCGGAUGAUGAAUCCCGUGAGAUUAUAGAUGGUAGAACGUUGGUGGUUUGUCCAGCAUCUGUGCUUAGGCAGUGGGAAAGGGAGGUUCAUACAAAAUGUCGUAGAGGAAUUCUACGAGUAUUUGUUUACCAUGGGCCAAACAGAAGGAUAAGCGUUAAACAGUUGGCAAAGUACGACAUAGUUCUCACAACAUACCACCUUAUUCAACAGGAACGGGAAUUACAUAUAGCCCCAUCAAGCAAAAAGAGCUCAAAAAUAUUUAAGAUCAAAUGGGAACGAGUGAUUUUGGAUGAAGCUCAUUACAUCCGAAAUUAUCAAGGAAAAAUUAGCAUUUCCUCGUGCGAACUGUCAGCGAAAAUCAAAUGGGCACUUACUGGAACGCCGAUACAAAAUCGGAAAUUGGAUUUUUAUGCACUAUUAAAAUUUCUUAAGUGUCAUCCUUUCGAUGAUAUACAACUUUGGCGAAGAUGGGUAAGUCCAGAUACAGAGGAAGCUACUCACCGCCUGCAAGUUAUUACGACAACGCUGAUGCUCAGGCGUACAAAGACCGAGUUAAUAGCUAAAGGAGCUAUACAGUCGUUGCCCGAAAGAAGGUUCGAUUUAAUCGAAGUAGAUUUAGAUUCAGAGGAAAAAGUAGUGUAUCAGAAACUACUUUUAUACUCACAAACUUUUUUCAACGAGUUCUUGGAACAAAGAAAAGACCGAGAACAUAAAAAAACAUUUGGUUGUCACAGGCGAAGGAACAUUGUGCAACAAGAAGUUCCAGACAGAAUUACCAGAUUAAUGUUGGUUUUGAUGAAACAUCAUGAUGAAAUCGACAAUUAUUAUAUUUUAGUUUUGAUAUUAAGGCUUCGUCAAAUGUGUUGCCAUCCGUCAUUGAUAAAAUCAAUGCUCGACAAUCCUGAUGUUGAUCUUGGAUCAACCGAAAAUCUUAUAGAGAAUAAGAACUGCAGAGAAGAAAUCCUAAAAGAGCUGGACAAAUUGACAUCUGAUGAUGAAGACGAAAUCGACGAGGAAAUGGUUCGAGGAGUAAUGUCUCGGACCAAUCGUGUUUUUGAUAAAGACAGACGAAGUUCGAAGGUUAGAGCAGUUCUAGAUGUUGUUAAUAGUGUUUUAGAAAAAGGAGAGAAGGUUAUCAUAGUGUCGCAAUGGACCAAAUUCCUAGAUAUCAUUGCAAGUAACCUGUGUCUUAUGGAAGGUGCCUAUUUCGAAAUGUUCACUGGUAAAGUGGCCGUAAAAAAUAGACAGGAAAUAGUUGAUAGGCUGAACGACAGUGAUAACAAACUAAAUGUCUUACUUUUAUCUCUGACUGCUGGCGGAGUAGGUCUGAAUUUAGUUGGAGCAAACAAUUUACUCUUGAUUGAUCUGCACUGGAAUCCACAAUUGGAAACUCAAGCUAUGGACAGACUUUACAGAUUUGGUCAAGAAAAUAAUGUCCAUAUCUACAAAUUCGUAUGCAGAGAUACAAUCGAAGAAAAAGUAAAAAAACUUCAAGAUAUGAAGUUGGCAAUCGCAAAUAAUGUUUUGUCCGGAUCUAUCAGCAAUAGAUUAACAAUCGAAGACCUUAAGUUAUUGUUUUCAUAAAUUGCGUUAUUAUAACAUUUGUUUGUCGAGAUGUAAAUGUAAAUACGUUCAUGUAUCGUUAGCGUAUAUAUUAUUAUAACCAUGUUUUGUUAGCGUUUGUGUAUAUUUAUUACACUGCCAGUCUCCAUUUAGAAACAGAGUUGUAUCUAUAGUAAAAACGUAUUCUUGUUACGUCUAGAAUUUUUAUGACACAUGAUAUAUAAAAUUCUAUGUUGUAUUUAUUUCAACAUUUGUGCUUGAAUGUAGUUUUACUCGAAUGAAA